AUGGAUGCUGUGAGACAAGAAAACAUUCUGAAAAAGAGGCUACAAGCUUUCCUUGCAGAAAUGCUAAAAUUUGGGACCAUCAAGGGAUUCAAAAACUUUGCCAUGUACCUAAGGGGACGAGAAGAAUUGGUUAUUAGUGUUCUAAAUGAACCAAAAUCCUCACCUUACAGCCACACGCUGGAGACCAAGAGUACAGCCCCGGGUUUCAAAGAUCCUAACAGGAGUGGAAGCUUAACAUCCAAUAAUCUGCCUUAUGAUAAGAGGUCCCUGUUAAUAUCCAUGCGAUCACAGAUGAACUUAACUACAGCGGCAGUCCCAAAAGGUGUGGGAUUACCACCGGCUUCACCAAGUGAUUCAGAAACUCAACCAGGGGAUGAAGCAUCAACUUUAUUCCUGAUAGCCGGAUAUGCUCGGUACAGCUGUCCUUAUGUGUGGAUUCGAUCCAACCACCAGCGACUUAUUAAUCUGAUGGGUGACACCGAGUCGGAGAAAGACAGUCCUCUCCGUCUGAAAACCACUGCCUCAUGGAAAGACACUAAUGUUAGCCUGUAUGACAUUGUGUCAGAACUAGUCAAGCUGAAUACCUACCCUGCUCCACAGAAUCCAUUUGAACUGGACAUGGAGUAUUUCUCCUCUUUACCUUUAUCAGAGCAAGUGCUGGAGACAGGGGCCAUGGUACAAACACUUAAGAAAAUAUUCCUCAGUACCUCAGAUGACAGGCCUUAUACAGGUUACGUGUUAGAAGAUUUACAGAUUAUGACCAAAAUGCACUUCACUGCUUUGAAGAAACUUGUACAAGAAGGAGGUUUACCAAUUGCACAGCAAGAACAAAGACACAGAUCAGGUGCUGUUUCAGGGCCUGGGCGGUCCCGAUACCCUAGUUCUCUGUAUGGUCAGGCACCCCCGAGUCAGUAUGGAGCAGGGUAUUACGGUUCUUCACAACAAAGCUAUUCCUAUACAGGUUAUUAAUGACAACAGACUGUACCAUUCAGUGAUCUCAUUCUGGAAAAUGUUUUAAGCACUAGUUUAGAACUAGCUUACAUUGUACAAGUGUCAUUCAGUCUGUGCUGUUCCUGAAACAUCUGGAUUCACAUAACAUUUAAUCUACACAAGAUCUUGUGAAUAAAUGUGAAUUUACUAGUCAUUGUUAUCUCCCAGGGAAAUAUGGGUGUAUGCUUUGGAGAAUUUGUGUUACCAUAGUUAUAUUAAUUUUACUUUUUUAUGUAUGCCACUAUGGACAACUCAAACUUCCCGAGAAUUUAACACAUUUACUUAUCUACUAGUGUGCACAGGCUCUCUUUGAGAAGCCAUACCCAGAUGUUCUCUCCGAGUAAUUAUACUCAGGUACAUUCCAAAAAGAACCUUUUUAAUAGUGUUUUAUUAUCUGUGUUCAAGUUCUCCUGGAGAAUUCAUAACUUUUUACAGGACAUUACAAUGAGUAAAGUCCAGUAUGUGGAUACACAUGAUCUUGGGGGAUUUUCUAUUGUAAUAUGUUAUAUGUAAUAAACAUUUUAAAAGCCUAAUUAUUUUACUAUUCAUUUUUUAUUUUCACAUACUUUGAACUUUUUAUAUCUGACAAAUACUUUUAAAGGAA